AACGAGAAAUGCAAGGCCUUUUUAUUUGAAUAUUACUAAAAUGAAGAAAAAAGACAAAAAUGUAAUCUCUUUUGAAUUUUUCCAAAAAAAAUGACUAAAAAUCAUUUAUUCUAUUUUAUCAUGCAUUUAUUAGUUUAUUGUUUUAAUAUUCCUUUGGCAGCCAUAACACCUCUAUGGCCGACGCCGCCACCGGCGCCGCCGCAUUCACCGGAACCGCCGUCGCCGUCACCGGAACAUCGCCGCCGUCAUCGGUACCGCCGCCGCCAGUCAAAGUGACUCCGACCGUCACAGUGACUCCGACGUACAGUGACUCCACCAUCACAGUGACCGGUCAUAGUGACUGCCGCCCACCUCCCACCAUGACUGCCAGCCGCAGUGACUGCCUGCCCGAGUCCAUCACCGCCAUCCACGCCAAAAACCACCACCUCCACUGCUGCAAGCCACCACGACGGUUUCCGCCGCCCGCUACCGACGCUGGUCAGCAGUGCCACCCCCUGCCUAAUCAUCAUCCCAUAAUCCGGCAACUCAACCACUCCUUCAACCCUAUCCCUAAGCACCACCUCCCCAACCCACCUGUUUGCCCCCAGCCCCCUCUCCGGCUAGUCUGCCGCCACCGGCGAACCACCUCCGACCACCAAACCCCAGGCCCCACCCCUUUGUCACCCCAGCCCCCCAGUAGCCCCCAACCCUCACAGCUGCCCCCAACCCCCCGACCAACCCUCGCACAAUCGGACCUCCUCCAACUCCAUCAGGCGACGUCAGAUCUGCGGAUUUUGGACAAAACAAAGUCGGAUAUGCACAUUCAAAGCCACAGAUCUACGGAUUCCGGGCAGAAGAAAGGAGAAGAAGAUGAAAUCGGAGGGGCGCGAUGGACGUCCACGGUUCUCAGAGCUUCUCUCUGCUGGUCGGAGCUCCAAUUGAUUAGGCCGUCCACCGGCAAAAUCAGAUCCUCCAGCGAUGGCGACGCUCCACCGCAGAUGGAUCGGCCACUCUGAAUGCUCCACCGCAGAUGGAAAGACGAAGGGGACUGAGCAGAUUGAAGGAGAAAAAAAAGAGAGGCGGCAAUUGUGUCUUGUUUCAUAACCCAACAAUAUUAUAAUUGCUUGGAUUAUUUCUUCUAUUUUAUACCUUAGUGAAAUGUUUGUAACAAUAAGAUUCGUCACAAUGCUUAAAGAAAAAGUAUGUAAGGUGAUAGAAAAGUAUGAUAAUAAGAUGAAGAGA